AUGUGUCUGGCUGCAGUAAUGACAUUUGACCAGCAGAGGUACCUUUGGACCAUUGGCAAAAAUGUGUGGAAAAGAUGGAAGAAAAGAUUCUUCGUACUGGUGCAGGUGAGUCAGUACACCUUCGCCAUGUGCAGCUACAGAGAGAAGAAGGCGGAGCCUGUGGAGCUCCUGCAGCUCGAUGGCUACACUGUGGACUACACCGACCCCCAGCCAGGUCUGGAUGGCGGCCGGACGUUCUUUAACGCGGUGAAAGAGGGCGACACUGUGAUCUUUGCCAGUGAUGACGAGCAGGACCGGAUCCUGUGGGUGCAGGCCAUGUACCGGGCCACCGGACAGUCACACAAGCCAGUGCCCCCCACCCAGGUCCAGAAACUCAACUCCAGGGGGGGCACAACUCCACAGCUGGACGCACCCAUUUCUCAGUUCUAUGCUGAUCGGGCACAGAAGCACGGCAUGGAUGAGUUCAUUUCAGCCAACCCCUGUAACUUCGACCACGGCUCUCUGUUUGAGCUGGUGCAGCGCCUCACUCUGGACCACAGGCUCAACGACUCCUACUCCUGCCUGGGCUGGUUCAGUCCCGGUCAGGUCUUCGUCCUAGAUGAGUACUGCGCUCGCUACGGCGUCCGAGGCUGCCAUCGGCAUCUCUGUUACCUGAGCGACCUGCUGGUGCGGGCGGAGAACGGGGCCAUGAUCGACCCCACCCUGCUGCACUACAGCUUCGCCUUCUGUGCCUCACAUGUCCAUGGGAACAGGCCUGAUGGUAUAGGCACAGUGACCAUAGAAGAGAAGGAGCACUUUGAGGAGAUCAAAGAGAGGCUACGGGUUCUUCUGGAGAACCAGAUAACACACUUCAGGUACUGCUUUCCAUUUGGUCGGCCAGAAGGGGCGCUGAAAGCAACUCUGUCCUUGCUUGAAAGGGUUCUGAUGAAGGAUAUUGUUACCCCGGUUCCACAAGAGGACGUGAAGGCGGUGAUACGUCGGUGUCUGGAGCAGGCUGCUCUAGUCAACUACCAGCGGCUGUCAGAGUACGCCAAACUGGAAGGGAAAAAAAGAGAGAUGUAUGAGCAUCCUGUCUUCUGCUUGGCGUCUCAAGUGAUGGAUUUAACCAUUCAGAAUGUAGGGCGGUUAGUCACACCUGCUAAAAAACUGGAGGACAAUAUCCGCCUGUCCGAGCUGGUGAUCGAGGUGCUGCAGCAGAACGAGGAACACCAUGCUGAGGGAAAAGAGGCCUUCGCCUGGUGGUCGGACCUGAUGGUGGAGCACGCAGAGACCUUCCUGUGUCUGUACUCGGCCGACAUGGACGCAGCUCUUGAGGUUCAGCCGCCCGACAGCUGGGACAGCUUCCCCCUCUUCCAGCUGCUCAACGACUUCCUGAGAAUGGACUAUAACCUGUGCAAUGGAAAGUUCCACAAGCACCUGCAGGACCUGUAUGCCCCCCUGGUGGUGCGCUAUGUGGACCUGAUGGAGUCUUCCAUUGCUCAGUCCAUUCACAGAGGCUUUGAAAGAGAAUCCUGGGAACCUGUCAAUAAUGGCUCGGGAACGUCAGAGGACCUCUUCUGGAAGCUGGACGCUCUGCAGACCUUCAUCAGAGAUCUGCACUGGCCUGAGGAGGAGUUUGGCAAACACCUGGAGACCCGCCUGAAGCUGAUGUCCAGCGACAUGAUCGAAUCAUGCGUAAAACGGUAG